AUGAAUAUAAAUCUAGAUACGGCAAAGGAUGUUCUUUGUAAAAAUGUAUUGAUCUAUGGCUACUGCAAGUACCAGGACAAAGGAUGUGCCUUCAGUCAUAAUAAACCGUCUGGGCUGCAGUCCAAUGCAAGCGGAAAUGGCAAUGGCCAGCCACAAGAGAUUGACUUCCAGAUUAAUCAACCACAAGCACAGUUGCAGCAUCAAUUGAAGUCCAAACCGUCGCGAUCCCGAUUGCAACAACAACAACAACAACAACAACAACAACAACUGCAGCAAUUGCCUAUGCCUUCUGCUACCGCAUCCGCAAAACUCCAUGAAUCUAAUAAUGGAAGAAAGAAAUUCAACAUUGAGACUCCAUUGUUUCAACCUAGUGGUGGGAAUGAUAAAUUGAUCAAUAAUAUAACUUCUAAGUUCUCAAAUUUGUCUCCAACUGUGAAGGAUGCUCCCGUUUUUCAACCAGAAUCAUUGUCGUCUACUCAUGGUUACGAUACAAAGCACACUCUGCAACAACAACAACCACAGAGUAACUUAAAUGGUCUCCCCUUUGGAUCAACGAAAUUCAAUGUUAGCACACCUUCGUUUACACCAUCGAAUUUUGAUUUUACGCAAGGAGGUGCUUCUAGUCCCUUAGGUCAGCAAGCACAGCCAGCAGCACCACCGUCACAACAGCAACAACAACAACAACAACAACAACAACAACAGCAAUCAAGUCAGCAUUCUGGUUUGAUCCAAGGGUUUUCUGCCAAUGGUCCUUCAAGCGCACGAUCCUUAACUGGAAUCAUUCAACCACAACAGUCAUCUUCGAACCCGUAUCUACAAAAUCCACCCACUCCAAUGGGUCUGGCAAAUCAAGGGCACGUUUCACAUUCAUCGCUUAUGAAUUCAGCUCCACCUAUGUCCUCCACUUUCUUCCCCUCACUGCAGAAUAAUCACCACCUUCAAGGAGCAGGAUUAGGGGCAAGUUCAGCAGCAGGACCCACUCAACCGCCACCAACUUCUCAACACCAUCAACAACAACAACAACAAGCACCAUUGUAUCCGUUGCAGUAUCAUUUGUACGCUCCUGCACCACCACCAAGGUUGUCCGUGCCAACAAAGGAUCAUGAAGUGGAUGCCAUACGAAUGUUUAUCCCCAAUGAUUUGAGAGAGAGUUUACAUCGCAAAAAUGAAGCAAGUUUACAAACUCUUCAACAUCUGAACUUGCCUGAACAUGUAAACUCAUAUCACUCCUUGGUUCCCAUUGAUACAUCCUAUGAUGCUAUAAGUAAACUUUGGCCUGGUAAGAAUAGUAUAUUGUUCAAAUGUUACUCAAAUGUUGAUGGAAGAUUGUAUGUAUUGCGGAAGAUUGAACCCUGCAACGAAAUAACUGAUGAAAGUGCAUUCAAGAGUAUUAAACAGUGGCAGAAACUUAAUGCAAAUGCCAAUAUUGUGGGAGUCAAAGACGUAUUCACGUCCUUGGCAUUUAGCUCAAUUAGUGGAACUAAAGUAGAAAACUCCACCGCUUUAUGCUUCGUUUAUGAUUACUAUCCCAAUUCAAAAACGUUGCUAGAAUACCACAAGAAGUCUAUAAGGGUUGAGCCCAUAAAUGAGGAUCUCUUGUGGGUGUAUCUUGUCCAAUUGGUAAAUGCAAUAAAGAGCAUACACGCUGGAGGAUUGACUGCUGGGUCGUCUAUGGAGGUAAGCAAGAUUAUCAAUACUGGCGGGAACAGAAUAAGAUUAAGCAGUUGUGGGAUUAGCGAUGUAUUGGAUUAUGGGAAACCGGGAAGACCUGAUCUCAAGCAAUUGCAACGUCAAGACAUCAAGAACUUGGGUAAGGUCUUGCUUGAUUUGAGUUCAUUGUUGCUUCCAAUCAAUUUGCGGUCAACUCAAGAGGACGUAUUGGUGAGAAAUCUCACAAACUCAACGAAGUUGAAUGAAGAUUUUAUCAAUGUGUUGAAAGUUUUGAAUAGCAAGGCGCCACUGGAUGCUGAUGCAUCAGAGUUCGAUUUGAAACAGUUCAUCAGUGACUGCUUGAUUGAUAAGACAUUCUCCACAGUCAAUAGCCUAGAAAAUUCGACUGACUACUUUGAACUGCAGUUGACUUCAGAGUUGGAGAAUGCUCGUUUGUUUAGAUUGCUAACUAAGAUCAACUUCAUUGUUAACACCACCACAGGGGACGAGAACCAUCUCAACAAGCAGUCAUUAAAUGAUGCUAACCAAAUCAAAGUUAUCCAACUAUUUCAACAAAAUCUAUUUCAAUAUUAUGACUCUAAUGGAGCUAGAGUAAUUAAUUUGCACAAGGUUUUGGUUAACUUGAAUAAAUUGGAUUGUGGAGUGGAUGAAAAAUUGUUGUUGGUUAAAGAAAACGAAUGUAUCAUCGUCAGCUAUAAAGAAGUGAAGGAGAUUGUUGAUAGUCAAUUUAGGCAAUUGAAGAAUUAG